AUGUCCAAGUUGACUUACAAAGAAGACCUGAAAAGAAAUAGCAAUUCAAGCCAAAUCAGAUUCCUAUUCUUCUUCCUCUUGGCUCUCGAAAUACUCAACAAUUUCUCCCUGAUGAUCAGAUGGGAACAUGCCACCAUCUUUCUUUUAUGCUGCUGUUUCCUGUUGGACUACGCUUCCACCGAUCGUCACUGUCCUCAGCGCCGGUUGAGGAAAAAAGGCGGGCCGAGGCCGAGACACGGAAGGUCACACGUACCGCGUAUUAAAAGAGGUUGGGUUUGGAACCAGUUCUUUGUGCUGGAAGAAUACACCGGCUCUGAACCACAGUAUGUUGGUAAGCUCCACACGGAUAUGGACCAAGGUGACAGUGAAGUGAAGUACACUCUUUCAGGAGAAGGAGCUGGAUCUAUCUUUACCAUUGAUCAAAUUACAGGAGACAUACAUGUUCUGGUGAAGCUCGACAGAGAAGAAAAGUCCCAGUACAUCCUCAAAGCCCAAGCCAAAGACGUCAGAACGGAUCUUCCUUUGGAACCCGAGUCAGAAUUCAUCAUCAAGGUUCAGGACAUUAAUGACAACGAACCGCGAUUUCCCGAUGAACCGUACGUUGCCAUCGUCCCCGAGAUGUCUCCAACAGGAACAUUUGUAACCCAGGUCACGGCUACAGAUGCAGAUGACCCUACGUAUGGAAACAGUGCACAGAUUGUCUAUACCAUCCUUCAUGGCCAGCCAUACUUUUCUGUUGACCGCAAGUCAGGGGUCAUCAGGACGGCUUUCGCCAACAUGGACCGUGAGGUGAAAGACGAGUAUCAAGUUAUCAUUCAAGCCAAGGAUAUGAGCGGCCAACUGGGGGGACUCGCCGCGACGACGACCGUCAACAUCUCGCUCGGAGACGUUAAUGACAACCCGCCACGUUUUCCAAAGAGUAUUUUUCAUCUUCCGGUUCCUGAAACAGCAGUAUUGGGUUCUGUCGUGGGCUGGAUUUUGGCCAACGAUUUAGACGCUGACAAAAACGCAAGGGUUGCUUAUUCCAUUCUACCCGGUGAAGACGGAAACAUGUUUGACAUUGUCUCCGAUGCUAAAAAUCAAGAGGGUGCCGUCAUCUUAAAAAAGUCUCUGGACUACGAGACAAAAAAGUCCCACACUUUCAGGGUGGAGGCAUGUAACACACACUUGGAUCCACGUUUCCUGCACUUGGGACCUUUCGUUGAUUCAGCUACGGUCAAGGUGAACGUCAUGGACAUGGAUGAGCCUCCCGUUUUCUCGGAACCGUACUACUCCAUGGAUGCGUACGAAGACACACCGCCAGGAACCAUCAUUGGCUCUGUUACAGCGCAUGACCUCGAUGGCAGUAGCAGUGCAGUCAGGUAUUCACUGGAAUGGCACCAAGAUUAUGACAGCUAUUUUGACAUUGACACUAUAGAUGGCACCAUUUUCUUGAAUGAAUUCUUGGACAGAGAAGAAACAUCUGAGCACAAUAUCACCGUAGUAGCGGUCAAAGUCUUAAAUCCUUUGCUAUCUACCAAAGUGUUGGUGACGGUCAACGUCCUGGAUGUGAAUGAGUUCCCCCCUAAACUGGAAUUUCAGACAGAUACAUUUGUGUGCGAGACGUCCAAAGCUGGACAGGUGAUUCAGAUGGUCAGUGCUGUGGACUUGGACCUUCCGCCUAUCAGUCAGAGGUUUUUCUUCAAGACUCCUAAGGAUCUUCACAACAGAAUGUUCACUGUUCGAGAUUAUGGAAACAAUACAGCCGGCAUCGUGACACGACGCUCUGGAAUCCAGCGCGGGACACGAGACUUGUAUCUUCUACCCGUCGUAGUGGAGGACAGCGGUUACCCUGUCCGGAGCAGCACGUCCACCCUCACAAUCCGAGUGUGCUGGUGUGGGACAGAAGGCUUGCUGCUAACUUGUUCCCCAGAAGCCGUCUACAUGCCCAUGGGUCUCAGCACCGGAACUGCAAUAGCCAUUUUGCUGUGUGUAGUCCUGUUAAUCGUUAUUCCUGUAGUCUGCAUCGACCGAAGACACCGUCGAUACAAAGAGACUGUCGUGACAUCCAAAGACGAUAUCCGUGAUAACGUGGUUCAUUACGACGACGAGGGUGGUGGCGAGCAAGACACCCGCGCCUUUGACAUCGGCACCCUGUGUAACACUCACCCGGUUGGUGCCCCGACCCACUCCAAGGACAAAAACAAGUACGGUCACGGGGUUUUGCCGCAUCUGAGGACUCGUAACGAUCGAGUCAAGACACCGGAUAUCCAUCAGCAAACCGCCAGCGUCAUCUCCCCUGCCGACAGCCAGUUGCAUUUUCCCUGUUACAGGAUAACUCAAGGAAAAACGGAAUUCGUCCGAGAGAUCGUCGAAGAGCGCGGGGGCGAGAAUCGCAAGAGUUACGUGCGAUCGGCCUACGACUCGCUCACCACGUUCACCUCGGAAGAUCACGGUUCCGCGGCUAGCUCGCUUUGUUCUGUCGCGGAAUCGUGGGGAAUAGACGAUUUAGGAGAUUUGAGUUCUAUUGGGGAGUGGGGGCAGUCGUUAAAAUCGCUAGUUGGGAUUUUUGGGAGGCAGGCUCCGACUGUGUCGGAAGAAAGCUGA